AUGACCUUACGGUCACCCGGGGUACUAUUGGUAGCAAAGCAAGGAUCGUGUACAUACAGCGCUAGCGCCAGAGUCCGCGUGGAUGGUUCGUGGCAUGGCUGGUACAUGUUCAAUGACAGCAACUUCAAUUUGGCAAUGAUAUGGACUGGAACAGAUGGCAAGGAGCUGAUGGCAUUAUCAACCAUGGAAUACACUUUCUUUUCUGAACAAUCUCAGCUUUGGAUAAGCAAAGACUUUGGUAGGUCUUUUGUAAAUAUCAACCAUCGCAUUAGGGGAGCUGUCAUCAAGGCAAAAGAUGGAGUAUUCAAGAGUUCCAUCGAUCCUCAAAGAGUGAUCCUUGUUUCAUAUAUGGAAGACCAAGAUAUGAGCCAGACACGUGUGUAUGUCACCCUGAAUGGCGGUGAAACAUUUGAUGAAUCCAUUCUUCCUUUUUAUCUUGAUGGGGCAAUUGUUUUCCACAGCACAGCUACUAAUAUGCUACUAGCGCAUUCACCAUAUCAGCAGUUCAAACUGUGGGUGUCGGAUGAUUUUGGAAUACAUUGGAGAGAUGUGCAGAGUAAUGUGAUGUCUUACUCAUGGGGAACCAAAGAAAUGGAGCCAGGUGCUUUAUUUGUGCUUGUAUCAUCGGGGACUGACAAGGACAAAACAGGUUCAGGAACUCGUAAGCUUUUGAGGUCAACUGACUAUGGAAAGACUUUCCUUGCAAUAAAAAUGAAUGUGUACAGCUUUGGAGUGCAGGGAAAGUUUGUGUUUGCAGCAGUGGAUGGUGGAAAGGGGGAUAAUGGACGAAUACUUUAUGUGUCUAAAGAUGAUGGUAAGACGUGGAGCCCUACACAGCUUCCAGUUGUCACCAGUGACCGGUUCUUUUCUGUGUUGGACAUGAAUGAAGGGAUGCUAUUCAUGCAUGUUGAUGAUGAAGGAGACACAGGUUCUGGAACUCUGUAUACAUCUGAUGCUGAUGGAAUUGUGUUCUCUGUAUCUCUCAAGAAACACUUGUUUGCUGAGGGUUCUGCCACAACUGAUUUUUACCGUGUAGCAUCUAUGCGUGGUGUGUACAUGGCAAGCCAGGUUGGUGAUGAUCUAUCCAUUCAUACAAAUAUUACAUUUGAUCGUGGUGGCAUCUGGCAUCCUGUGAAGGCUCCUAAAGGCUCCAAGUGUAAAAACUCAGCAACAUCGUGUAGCUUGCAGAUCCAUAAUCGUUACAGCCAGAUUAAAGGGGUGAAUGCGCCAUCAAGCCCACUCAGUCAGUCAAGUGCUGUUGGACUUAUUUUGGCUCAUGGUAAGUAAACAAAAUCCUAAAAUACAAUAACAUUGCUUCUACCCCUGAGAGAUUGUAAGCUUUUUAGACAUUUCCAGCUUUUGUUUUAGAGGUUUUUUCCCCUUUCUUUUCUGAAUGUUCUGCAACUUUGCCCAUAGUUGCUUAAAUAUAUCGGCUAAGUCUACUUCACUACAAUUGCAUAUUCCCUUUACUGGCAGGUUCCCUUCACUAAGUUUUCACAAUAGUACCCCCAUAUGACUAGCCAUACGAUAUGACUAGUCAUGCUGCGCCUGGCAGGUGGCCGCGCCUGCCUGGUCAUCCAACUGAGCGGUUGCAAGAACCAUUAGAAAUGCAAUUCUCACCUAUUGACCUCUGGAAUUGGAAUGUCCGUACUUUGCUGGACAGAGACGAUAGACCAGAACACCAGACAGCACUCAUCGCCAGGAUGCUUGAUCGCUUUCAAAUAAACAUUGCAGCUCUGAGCGAAAUGAGGUUCGCUGGUGAAACACAGCUAGAAGAAGUUCAGGGAGGCUACAUCUUCCACUGCCCUUCCAAGAACCUGUGGCGUAGGGUUUGCCAUUCGCACAAACCUUGUGAAAUGCCCUGAUAGCCUUCCUCAUGGGAUAAAUGACAGAUUGACGACCUUGUGUCUUAAGCUCGAUAAGGACUUGUUUGCCACAAUGUUCAGCUGCUACGGUAUUUCUUUACAGUGACUAAUCCUGAUGAUGUUAAGGAAGCGUUUUAUGAUGAGCUUUUUCAUAUCAUUUGUGAAGUCAACCGAAAAGACAAACUCAUCAUCCUUGGUGAUUUCAAUUCCCGUGUGGGAGUGGACUAUGCCCCAUGGUCGAGAGUACUUGGACACCAUGGCACUGGCAAGUGCAACUCCAACGGUCUGCUUCUGCUGUUUCUCUGUGUUCAGCAUGAAUUGUCCAUCACUCUCUUUCCACAUGCAAACAAAUACAAGACCACGUGGAUGGCACAUGUUGGAAUAUGCCAUGGUGUGAUCGUUCGCCAAGGAGACAGACGCAAUGUGAACAUCCCAGCAGCAUGACAGGAGCUGAGUGUUUGCCCGAUCACCGACUAGUGCGAAGCUAGAUGAACAUUCAGCUUGCUCCUAAGCCUCAUACAGCGAGGCAGAAACCAGUCAAGAAAUUCAACAUUGCCCACCUCUGUGUCGCCAAGAACAUAAUACAGGCAAAAAUCUGAGAGACCCUUCAAUACACAGAACCCACUGGUGAAAAUGUGGAGGAAGAAUGGUCGAUCUUCAGAGAUUUGCUAUACGAUAGUGCUGCAGCCGAACCGCCGAACCGCCGAACCGAACUAAAAAUAGCCGAACUUGGCCUUCCGAACUGAACCCGAACCGAACCCGAACCAAACCGAACCCAAAUGUCCAAAUUGCAUAUUCCCUUUACUGGCAGGUUCCUUUCUAUUAGAGUUUUCGCAAUAGUACCCCCAUAUGACUAGCCAUACUAUAUGACUAGUCAUGCUGCACCUGCCAGCAUUUUCAAUUUUUUCACCGUAUCAGAAUUAAAAAAACCCAACUUUUU